UGUUUUCCUUCAUUCCCAGAAUUUUGCCAUAGCAACUUAAUAAAUUAUGUGAAGAGUUUUAAUAAUUAAUUAAAUUACGGUCAAUUAUAUCAAAAAUUUAAUGUAAACACGAAGCGAUUGCAUAACACUGCGGUCAGCAAGUAAUAAUGACUGAGUAUAUGGUACCCGAUCCAAAUGGAGGUUACAUCUGCACCUUUGCUGCCACAUUGGGCGUUCCAGUGGAGGCGAUGCGUCUGUUGUUAACACUGGUAGCCGGUUAUCCUAUUGCGGCAUUUUAUCGCAAAGUGCUCAUUAACGUAAGCCCAAAAGCUCUGCACCACAUUUUCUUUGCGCUCUGUGGCGCCGGCUUGUGCUACUUUAACUAUGGUUUUGACACAUAUCACUCCUUGAUCGGCAUUUGGAUGACUUAUCUGUUGGUACGAUUGUUAAGGGGAGCUCCACGUUUGCUGCUUAUUAUAAACUUCUUGUUCCACAUGAGCUACCUACUGCUGGGCUACUAUUUUACAGCAAGCAACGAAUACGACAUUCUAUGGACCAUGCCACACUGUAUCCUCGUGUUGCGAAUGAUUGGCUUUGGAUUUGAUGUCACCGAUGGUCUGCGCCCAAUUGAGGAUUUGUCCAAAGAUCAGAAGGAAACUGCUCUUGUAGAACUGCCAUCGCUGUUAGAGCUGACAGCAUUUGCUUACUUCCCUAGUGGUUUUCUUGUGGGUCCUCAGUUUCCAUAUCGCCGCUAUCGGAGCUUUAUCAAUGGCGAGUUCCGUCAAUAUGGUGGCAGCGUAGAGGCGGGGCUCAAGCGUCUGGCCGCCGGCGUUCUUUAUCUGGGCAUAUGCCAAUUGGGUCUGAGCUAUCUACCCGAUGCCUAUUUUCUUACGCCGGCCUAUGCAGAGGUACCCUUUGUAAAGCGACUCUUCUUUCUGGGCUUUUGGGCUAAGUUCUCGCUGUAUAAAUACAUUUCCUGCUGGUUGCUUACCGAAGGUGCGCUUAUGUGCAUUGGAUUCACGUACAAAGGUCAGGAUGAGAAUGGUCAACCGGAUUGGUCGGGAUGCAGUAAUGUGAAGCUUGUCCUUCUCGAAACGGGCAAUACAAUGGAUCACUAUGUGCGCAGCUUCAACGUAAACACGAAUCAGUGGGUUGGCCACUAUGUGUACAAACGACUCAAGUUCCUCAACAAUCGCACGAUAAGCUAUGCGGCCGCUCUGGGAUUCCUAGCCGUUUGGCAUGGCUACCACAGCGGGUACUACAUGGCCUUCCUUAUGGAGUAUUUGAUUGUGAGCACCGAAAAGCAGAUCGAGCGUGUUUAUACCAAGGUUGUGUUACCAAAAUAUGGUGAAGUUCUAAAAAAUUCCAGAGUAUACACUGUUGCCUAUUUUGUGGCCUUGAAAUCCUACAACAUUAUAUACAUGGGCUGGUGUCUCUGCGCCUUUGUCUUUCUUAAAUACGAGCGCUGGAUUGUUGUUUUUAAAGCAGUCAACUAUUUUGGUUUCAUCUACAUGCUUGUGUGGGCAUGCAUCUAUCAUGGGUACCGCUUCUACUUGCGUAGUACGGCGAAGCGCAGUGAGGCACAAACGUUUAGCCAAGCCACGGAUUUAACAGCCACUACCGCCACGGAAGAGGACAAGAAAACGCAGUGAACAAAGCUUACAUGUGACCCACUAACCUAUCUUAAGCCAUGCAAUAUUGUUGUGGUAAUUGGAUUGUGCUAGGUUUUAUCAUAAUCAGUUGUCGAUAAUUUUUACCAAAAAUGGUUAUAUGUAACACUUACUAUUAAUGAACAAUGCAAUGAAUUCAAUGCUAUACCAGAGAUUUUUAGCGCUA